AUGUCAGACAGAGCGAUGGUGUGGCAAGUACUGUUAUUUAUUUCGGUACUGUUUCUGAGUUCAGUGUCCUCACAGGCCAGUUACUCCAUUGCAGAGGAAAUGGCCAUAGGCUCCGUUAUCGGUAAUAUAGCGCAGGAUUUGGGUUUAGAUUUAAAGAGACUACAAUCUGGUAACGCCCGUGUUUACACGGGUGACAACACCAAAUACAUCGAUCUGAAUAGCGAAAGGGGCGACCUUCUCAUUAAAAAUAAAAUAGACCGAGAGAUGCUAUGCGGACAAACUAUGCCAUGCGCGCUACACUUUCAGAUUAUUCUAGAGAACCCGAUGGAAUUUUACACUAUUACAAUAAUGAUUCAGGACCAGAAUGACAACGCUCCGCAGGUUCUGUAUCCAGUACAGGCCGGUGGUUCUAUGGUGGCUGAAAUGGUGCCCCGUUCAGCAGAUGUAGGCUAUCUUGUCACCAAAGUGGUGGCUGUCGAUGUGGACUCUGGACAGAAUGCCUGGCUCUCCUAUAAACUGCUGAAAGCCACAGACAGGGCACUGUUUGAAGUGGGUCUACAGAAUGGAGAAAUAAGAACUAUUCGCCAAGUAACUGAUAAAGAUGCUGUGAAACAAAGACUCACUGUUGUGGUGGAAGACAACGGCCAGCCCUCUCGUUCAGCUACAGUCAGUGUAAACGUGAUUUUGGCGGAUAACUUCCCGGAAGUGCUCUCGGAAUUCACUGACUUUACGCAUAACAAGGAUUACAAUGACAACCUGACUUUUUACCUAGUUUUGGCCUUGGCUGUAGUGUCCUUCCUCUUUAUAGUGUCCAUCAUAGCUAUUCUGUCAGUCAAAUGUUACAGAUGGAGACGGGGGCGCAUGUUUUACAAAUCCAGCGCCAAUCUCCCAGUUAUUCCCUACUAUCCGCCCAUUUACGCAGACAUAGGGAGUACAGGGACUCUCCCGCACGUGUAUAAUCACGAGGUUUACAGAACAACUGACUCCAGAAAGAGUGAUUUGACAUACGUCAGAUCUUGCAAUCAGAGCAUCACUGAUCAAGACAACAGUGGAAUGCAGACACUCCUACAUGUCCACAGAGAGAAACUGACCACUGACAAUCCUAAUGAUCAGUUGCUUUUGCUUUAG